AGGAAAUCACUUCAGGUGCAGUGCAAUUUCUUCCUCGUACAAAAUCACGUACUCGUCUGACCACUGAUCAUCGCUUGAUGUAGGUGACAGCAUGGCGAGCCACCUCAAUGGGUCAUAUAUUCGGCGUUGAUUAGAAUGAGAUUUCCUCGUAACCGUCUUCGUCGGUAUAUAAUCGUUUGAGGUCCGUCUCGCAACAAGUUCAGUCCAGUGGAACACAUUCUAGGGACAACAUCAACAAAUCUAUCGAAAAUGGCCAGCACCACAGAAUACACUCGCCAGGAAGUUGCGCUUCGUGACGGAAAGAACGGAAGUCGCAUUUGGAUUAUAGUUCGCGACAUGGUUUACGAUGUGACAGACUACGUGGAGGACCACCCCGGCGGGCCAGAGCUAGUCACUGACUUUGCCGGUGCAGACGGCACAAAAGAUUUUGAUGAUUUUGGCCACUCUGCAACGGCCAUGGAGAUGCUGAAGCAGUACAAGAUAGGAGAGCUAACUUAUUGCGAACGUGCCAAGUUCCAGAAGAAAGGAUCCAAACUCACACCGGAUGGAGCUUGUGAAAUGCCAGAUAAGCAACGCAGCAAACGACGAAAGUUCAUAUUUUGUGGAUGAAAAACCAGUGAUACCAGUGAUACAACUUCUAUUGUUACAGGAAUUACAAAAUUCCAGAAUAUUUUGUUAACAUUUAUUUAUAAUAGUGUAAGUUAAAAAAAUUAAAUGAAAUUUAUGAAAUUUACAUUUAACUGAAAUU